UUGCAAGUGAACUCUUCCCGUGCAUUUUUUCGAUAGUCGAAUAGCAAGGAUACUCAGUUCCGUAACUCAUUCUAAUAAGUAGAUAGAAAACGAAGAAUUACAAGGUUUCUUACUUCGCUACCCUCUUGAGGAUAAUGAAUUUCAGUGGGAGUAUGUUUGAACGUUGCUAAUGCGUUCGCUAGUAAUGCUCAUACGUGCAUAUAAAAUGAAUUUAUUAACUUCUUCAGGGAUAAUGGCAUAUACGUGGUGUCUGGCGAAAGACGUUUCGAUCAAGAACAUAGUUUGCUUUCACGUAAAACCGACCCUGCGGAAUGAAUUAAGAAAAACCAUGGAGAUGACGCACGUCGAUGAUACGUCUAUAUUGAUCAAACUCCGGUUCAAGAGAGAACAACUUGAAACGUACCCUCUCCCUCCAUCGGAAUACAGUAACAGCAUCCUGAGAGGAUGCACGGCGAAUCCAAGUUUGACCAAGGUCCGUAGCGUACGUAGAUAUCGUUCGAAUCGAGGAUCGAUCGGCGAUCGACGAUCGCGCGGAAUACGGUGACCUGGGAGUACGGGUGAGAAGACGGUGCGACGGUGGCCGCGGAGAGGCGGAGGGACGCCGUCGAAGAGGAUGCUCGGGAGGAUCGGAAGAGAGGAGGUGUUCUCGGGCGAUGGCUGAUCGCGGCCGGCGCUAUGCUCGCGGCAUAUAAGAACGCGCGAAGACGUGCGUUCGCCGCGCUUUACGCGAUUCCGAAUUCGACGCUGCUGGCACUUCCGUUCGCGCGACGCUCGCGGGACGCAACGAUCGGCCGCACCAGAACAACGCGGAACGGGAAUCGCGUUCACCAGUUCACCGAGGACAAGCUUCGCGGAGGACGCGGACGCGCUAUUUUCGAUCUCCAAGUGUCCCCUUUUCGAUUUCGCGAACAUUUCGACUCGCCCAGUGCCCAGUGAAGAAACCCCAUCGGGCAUGAAAUCCCUCGAAAGCUUCCGGUAGUUCCGGUGUCACUCGAGAACCCAUCUUACACGGAUUUCUUCGUCUUGUCUUAAACCAAGUUGAACUUUUAACGAGAAUGUAAGAACCAAAAACUUGGAAGAAGGUGGUACCCGACGAAGCACACUGUUUUUGUGCGGUUUGAACAUUUUUCGAGUAUCCGGUGUCGCAGACAGGGCCUUCCAAAAGGAGAAACAGAAAGUUCGAUGGUACCUGACUAGAACUUGGAACGACUCGGUUUCUUGGACUCGAUCAGAGAGACGGAUUCGAUAAGAAGAAGGAUAUCGGUUGGAAGGUGGAAGAUUCGACCGAAAUCUUGCACGAAAGUAUCAAUUGCGAAUAAUUGUAAGGAUCAGAGUGUUUGGAAAGGUAUCGGGAGGGGUGGAUCGGGCGCGAUAGAUCGUAACAAGUCGGCGUCCAUGCCCUCGAGAGCGCGUCGCGGCGGUCAUGCCGCGUGAUUCGAGGGUGCAGGUUUGUCGGGUAACCGUCGCAUCGCGGAGCAUCGCGGUCGAGGUGUCGUUUAAACGCGGCGGAGCCUAACUCCGGAAACAUGAGCUCGAUCGACUUCGACGAGGUGUUGGUGCACGUGGGCGAGAAGGGCAAAUACCAGAACAUUAUGUACUAUCUUCUCUGCAUACCUGCCACUCUACCAGCCGCUUUCCUGGCGUUCUCGCAAGUGUUCGUGAGCGCGUCGCCGGAUCACUGGUGCAGAGUCCCGGAGUUGGAGAACCUGACGGAGCUGAUGACGCUCCAGGAACGGAAGACCCUGUCCGUGCCGUACGUCGAGAAGUCUGACGGGACGCAAAAGUACUCCAAGUGCACGAUGUACGACGUCAACUACACGGCGAUCAUCGAGUCGUGGCUGGGGCACGGGAUCCUCGAGAACGCUACGGACGGGGCAGAGUAUCGAUCGAGGGAUCGGUUGCCAUCGCCGCCUGUCGCUAAUCCUGACUGGCCGGUCACCAAGUGCCAACACGGCUGGAUCUACGACAACCGGGACUACGACAGCACCCUCGUCACCGAGCUAGACUUGGUAUGCGACAGCAGCUGGUGGCCUUCCACCUCCACGACCUUCUUCUACGUCGGCAGCCUGUUCGGGAACGUCGUGUUCGGCUGGAUCGCCGACAAAUGGGGCAGAAGGACGGCCUUCUUCGCCAUAUUGUUUCUCGAGGUGAUAAUCUCGAUCGCCACCAGCUUCAGCCCCAACUAUGUCAUCUACACGGCCCUCAGGACCGUCAAUGGUCUCUUCUUCCCUGCCAUCUAUCAGAUACCUUUCAUUCUAGCCCUCGAGAUGAUGGGUCCAAGGUACAGAACGUUCGCUGGGAUGGUGAUAUGCAUGUUCUUCGCGUCUGCCAUGUCUCUGCUAGCCUUGCUGGGUUACUUGCUGAGGCAUUGGUUCACCCUGUCGCUGGCAACCUCGGUUCCCUUCGUCCUUCUGUUCAGCUACUAUUGGAUCAUUCCAGAGUCGCCUCGAUGGCUCCUCAGCAAGAACAGGAUAGACGAGGCGGAGGAGAUCGUCCAGCGGAUGGCCAAGAUCAACGGAAAAACAGUGCCUAGCAAUUUUCUCAGGAAAAUGGAGGUGGAGAUUCUGAGGAGGCAGGGGAUCUCCUGUAACGGGACCAACUCCGGGGAAAACGAGACGAUGAACAUCGAGGACAGGUCGCCGCCACCAGCAGCGACGCCCAUGGACCUGGUCAGAAACCCGAACAUCAGAAAGAAGUUCUUCAUCCUGGCGUUCGACUGGGUGGCGAACGCUGUCGUUUACAACGGGUUGUCGUACAACACCACGAACCUGGGUGUCUCCGAUUACCUGGCGUUCUUCAUCGGUGGAUUGGUAGAAAUACCGUCUUACGUCGUCACGUGGUACGCGAUGGACAAGCUGGGCAGAAGAUGGGUUCUGUGCCUGACCAUGCUUCUAGGCGGGGUCGCCUGCGUCUCCUGCAUGUUUGUUCCCGAAGCAGACGCUGUCUGGGUGACGGUGUGCCUGGCGAUGAUCGGGAAAUUCGGAAUCGCCGCUUCGUUCGCCGUGUUCUACGUGUUCGUCGGGGAACUGCUGCCGACGGUGCUGAGGUCUCAGGCGAUGGGCAUCGCCUCGUUCAUCGCAGGAAUCGGUUUGCUGGCGUUUCCGUACAUCGUCCACCUAGCCGUCUACUCGAGGGUUCUUCCUCUGAUCAUAAUGGGCACGCUGAGCGUGGCCGGGGCGCUCACGUCCAUCUUUCUCCCGGAAACCCUCAACAUUCACCUGCCACAGACCAUCGAGGAGGGCGAGCUCUUCGGGGCUGACUUCAAGCUCUGGUCCUGCCCAACGGUACCAAAAAAGGGGAAGAACUCGGACAAGUGCGAGGCGGUACCGCUGAGGUUUCUGGUGAACGGCAGGCCAGGGAAUCGCUCCUCGGCGGCGUCCAGGUCGCAGGAGGUCGACCAGGAGGCGGACAACGCCUCGUUUCAGGCCUCGAACGGCCAGGAGGAGUCUCGAGCGUGGAAACCGAGCGCGACGGACGGCAGAGAGGAGAUCGCGGGACUCGAUGAAAAGUGCGUGGACGCGAUAAUCGUCGUCGAACAGAGAAGGACGCAAUGA